AUGUCACGGACGAGCCUGUGCAAAUUGCAUUUGAUUCCGUCGCACGCAUGGUUGCCACUAAGCAGGCAUGUGUGUCUUCGGACGGUCGGUAGCAGGGCGGCGUCGACAACGGGGCGGGUUUUCAGAACCUGCCUUCCUGGCGAUGCCGGCACCCGCCCUGGGUGGGUCCCGCUGAGCAGCCUGUACGGGGAGCACGCUGAGGCCGCAGACAGCGCCGAACCCGCUGAUACAACAUCAUAUGAUGCUGAAAAGGGUACGAAGCACGGCUCUCCGACCAUCAACACGCCGAACCAGGUGCUGUUUGUGGCCAGAAAGGGGCUGCGCUGCCAGGUAUUCGACACCAAGUUGUGGCAGGACCUCUACCAGCGCACCGUCGAGCUCAGCGACCACUUCCAGCCCAGGCAAUGGGUCGAGCUGGUUCACAUAUUCAAGCGAAUCAAAGUGAGACAGGGUGGCCUGCUGAACUUGGCCACUAGACAGCUCCUCUACCACCUAGAGCGGCUCUCUCUAGAGGACCUCAGCAAGCUCGCACUUAGCUUUGCCUACUACCAGUACCGGCACACUGCCAUGUUUGACAGGAUAGCUGAUGUGGUAACCACGCGCCUCAGGCGGGAGAAGCUGCAGGAGGGACAUGUUGCCGCGACCGCGCCGAGUGACGCACUUGGGCAAGAUACGGAUGAGCCGGUGAAGAACCGGGCGCUGUCCAAAAUAACUUCAUACACGCACCUUGUGGGCGCAUUCGCGAGAUGCGACCACGCCCAUAAGGAGCUCUUCGAGGCUGUUGCGGCCGACCUCGUCACCCAGGUGGAGUCGAAGGAGAUGAUGAUCCCGCCGGGGUUCCUGGUCAAAAUAAUCGCAUCGUACGCUAGGUUCGGCUACAGGCACAGCAAGCUGCUUGACACCCUCUCCAAGGAGAUGGUCACUGCCAAGAUCCCAGACGAGCAGCUGCUCCAAGUGCAGCACAUGAUGAAGGCACUCGAGUAUGAAAACGACGCCAUGCUGAACCUUUUCGCGUACAGGCUGGGGAACUCUGAAGUUGCUGGGAAACAAAAGGCGUAA